UAGCCCUAGGAAAGAUCACUUCAUUGCCACCAUGAAAGCCUCUCCAAAGAAACCUAGCUUUUUUAAGCCCAUCUGGCCAGGUUUCAAGCAAGGAAUUAAUAUUCCUGAAGAUUUUUUGAAGUAUCUGAAGAGACACGAUCAGUAUGAACAAGCAAUACUAAGAAGGGCUGAUAAGGAGUGGCGGGUGAAAGUGAACGACGGGCGACUAGGGGACGGUUGGGAAAACUUUACAGAGAAAAAUAAUUUGCAGGAGGGUGAUAUCUUGGUGUUCAAACAUGAAGGAGAUAUGGAAUUUGAUGUUACUAUAUUUGAUUCAAAUAAUCAAUGUGAGAUAGAAGAACAACAAAAGGCACAAAAUGUUGAGGAGACUUGUGAGAAAUUUAAAUCCAAAGAAGUUCCUACACACAAGCCUUUAGGUCGUUCCCAUUUUGUAUGUACAAUUAGACCAUAUUGUUUUAAAUAUGGUUACUUGUGUCUUCCUGAAAAAUUUGUAUCAGACAACAAUCUCACGGAUAAGAAAUACGAUUUGAUUAUUAGAGAUGAAAGACAAAGAUCGUGGAAUUUAAGACUAAAUUCUCUUGGUUCGAAACGAGUCGUUCUUGAUGUUGGAUGGCCUGAAUUCAGUGCUGCAAAUGACUUAAAGGAGGGAGAUUGCGUAAUGUUUGAGAUUGUUAAUAAUGAAGAGAAACCAAUAUGGCAAUUUCAUAAGCCCCCUAAAUCCAAGUUGGGAGAACUUCCUCAAAGACAAAAUUUUAAAGAUCUGACGUUAGAAGUUGUUACUCACAAGUCUUUUGAGCCUCCUAAAUUUAAGUCGGGGGGACAUCCUCAAAGACAGAAUUGUGAAGAUCGGACAUUAGAAGUUGCUACUCACAAAUCUUUUGAUAAAGCAAAUCACAACAUCAAUUCAUCUCCCCUUGCAAAGGCCCCUAUAUCCAAGUUGACGGAAUUUCAUCAAAGACAAGAUUUUAAAGAUCGAACUUUAGAAGUUGUUACUCACAAGCCUUUUGAGCCCCCUAAUUCUAAGUCCAGGGGACUUCCUCAAAGACAAGAUUCUGAAGAUCGGAAAGUUGUUACUCUCAAGCCUUUUGACAAACCAAACCAUAACAUCAAGUCAUUUUCCCUUGCAGAGCCCCCUAAUUCUAAGUCCAGGAGACUUCCUCAAAGACAAGAUUCUGAAAAUCGGAAAGUUGUUACUCUCAAGCCUUUUGACAAACCAAACCAUAACAUCAAGUCAUUUUCCCUUGCAGAGCCCCCUAAUUCUAAGUCCAGGGGACUUCCUCAAAGACAAGAUUCUGAAGAUCGGGAAGUUGUUACUCUCAAGCCUUUUGACAAAUCAAACUACAACAUCAAGUCAUCUUCUCUUGUAGAGCCUCCUAAAUCUAAGUCAGGGAAACUUUCUCAAAGACAUAAUUCUGAAGAUCGAACAUUAGAAGUUGUUACUCACAAGUCUCCUGAGACCUCUAAAUCCAAGUCGGAGAGACUUCCUCAAAAACAAAAGUUUGAAGAUCAGAUGCUAGGAGUUGUUACACACAAGUCUUUUGACAAAUCAAGCCACAACAUCAAGUUAUCAAGACAUGUAUCUCCCCUUAGAGAAGUUGUUGCUCAGAAAUCUUAUGGUCAUUCUCAUUUUGUAUGCACUGUUGGGCCCCAUCUCCUCAUAAGUGAUACCUUAUUAAUCCCUAAAGAUUUUGCAUUGGCAAAUGGUUUCUUCAACAUCAAGAAGCGUGAUUUGAUUGUCAGAGAUGAAAAAGAAAGGUCGUGGGAUGUUAUUUUACGUGCAUAUAGUACUUGUGUUCUUCUCAAAGAUGGAUGGGAUAAAAUCUGCGAUGCAAAUUGCUUAAAGGAGGGAGAUCAUAUAAUGUUUGAGGUUAUUACUGAUGGAAAUAAACCAAUAUGGAAAUUGCAUGGAAAAAUUUCUAAAGAAGAUGCAAGCAUCACUCAAGACGAUGGACUGAACAAUGAAGUCGUCUGUGAUGGAAAACAAAAAAGAGCAAUGAAGCAAUUGAACAUCAUCACCCCCACCCCCACUCCUCUUAGAUCUCGCAAUUACUCUAUUUGA